AUGAAUGCCUUUUCAGGCUCUUCUUUUCAGCCGUUCAGGGCUGCUAGUCACUCUUUAUCAUCUGUUGUUGACAUUUCUUGCUUUGCUCCCCGCUCACGCUUAUCUCCUGAAACCAAACAGCGUCGCCAACAUCGAGUCAGGGGAACCGUUCGACUUCAUCUACUCCUCCUCGUCGUCUUCAUCAUCUGUCCAUCCAUCUCUGCUUCGAUCCUGCCUCAUAUCGCCCGAUCGGAUCUGGAUAUUUCCAUCUCGACUCCGCAACUCCCAAGUGGAGAGAUCGUCAGCGAUGAUCACCAGCACGAAUCCCCACUAAAGCAACGUGCACGAUGGUCUCAACGCCGUGAUGAGACUACAUCAGAUCCAUCCUCAUCACAACCAUCCCCAGAUCUAGCCAAGAGAUCAUCCUCAUCCUUCCCUACCCCCUUUGACCACAGCAUAGACGACAACUUCACGAAAAACUACCCAAGCUGUGCGAAGUUCUUCGACAAAUUCCUCUCCGACACCACCUUCACCAACUGCCAUGCUAUCUCCAUGCUCAUCCGCGAUUCCAACUCUUUCUUCCAAUCCCUCCACUCUAUCGCUGCGACCUCCCUCAUCCUAGACGCUGCCUGCGAUGCCUCCGUAGCAGAAUGCUCCACCAAAAUUUCCAAGCUGGCCUCCCAGCUCACCUCCAGCUCCAACUGCGGUGAUGCGUACGACGCCAAUGAACCUCUCGUCGUCGGCGCCUACACAGACAUGAUCGCCUACCAGCCCGUCUACCAGGCCUCGUGUCUCAAGAACCCUACCUCCGGUGAUUAUUGCUUCGUCGACGCCAUCUCCAAUUCCACCAACGCAGCCGACUACGACGCCUAUUUUCUGCCGUUGGGCGGCUCCUUCUCCGAUUACCCGACUUGCAAUGAAUGUCUCCAGGCUACUAUGGACGUUUACAGUCACUGGGCUCAGAUUGACGAGCAGCCCCUCGAUCAGACGUAUAUGCCUGCUGCGGAGAAGGUCAAUACGCAGUGCGGUGCCAAUUUCGCGAAUCUAAACGUUACGGUUGGGCUUAAUAAAGCCGUUAAAUCGGGUAGUUGGACCGUUACGCCUGAUCUUCAUUGGAUGGGAGGUAUCCUAGCUUUCAGCGUGAUGGCAUGGGAGUUGAUUUGA